AUGUCAACCACAGGAGCAGUGUUAUUCCCUGAUUGGGCAUACAAGCCUGCAUGGUCACCUGGCUCCAGACAGGUGCAGCUGUGGCACUUCCUGUUGGAACUCCUUGGGCGGGGUGAGGGCGGGGCGAUCGGAUGGGGGGGAGAGUGGGGGGAGUUUGUCAUCAGAGACCCUGAGAGGCUGGCGAGGCUGUGGGGAGAAAGGAAAGGCAAACCCCACAUGAACUAUGACAAGCUGAGUAGAGCACUGAGGUACUACUACAAUAAGAGGAUUCUUCAUAAGACCAAAGGGAAGAGAUUCACCUACAAGUUUAACUUCAGUAAACUGAUCCUGGUUAACUACCCAGGGUACCCACCUUGCCACCAGGUCAUUAUAUCCCCCGUUUAUCUCAAGCUGGUACAGAGUGCCCCUCUUCCGUUCCCCCUCCCUGAGGGUGGGGUGACUGGGGCCCCACUGUGUGGAGGAGGGAGAGGGGCCAUGAUGGACAGAGAUUAG